CUUUUUUGUGCAACAAUUAAACUGUAAUGUAAAUGUAAAGUGACGCCUUAUUGAGUGGAUAUAUAAUUAUUUAGUAACACUAGAUGUCCAGCUGGAUAUUGCUAAACGAUAUGGCUACAACAAUGUUGCUCAGUUUUAUGAUGAUUUUUCUGUUCCAUGGAAUUCGUUGUAUGGAAACAGAUGAACGUCUUUCGACUCUGGAAGUAAAUGAACAAAGCUUAACCUCAAGUAUUGUCACAAUACAACAUAAGUUGCUAUCUUGGAACCAACAACAUCAGUGUGUAAAACCAGUAUCAUGCCUUGACAUCUAUUUUGAAGACCGUCGAAAUCCAAGCGGAGAGUAUGUAAUUUAUCAACGGGAAUAUGCUGUAAAAGUGUACUGUUCAUUCGAGGGAGAUUAUGGAUUCACCUUUAUUUCAAGAAAGUCUGCAGAUGCAGUUAUUGACGUAAAUGCAUUAUACAGCACUAAUGAAUUUGCAAAAUUACGAGUUCUAAAGCGAACUGGAGAGCAAAGGGAGGUACUUGUAGAAAAUUUGUUAUCAUUUCAAAACUUGUCCAAACUUUUGUUUGCAAUGAAUAGUCAUGAUAAAUAUAAAGGACCGUCUCAAGAGAAUUCUGGACUUCAUCCAUAUCUUUUUCUUGGCUUCCUUCCAAUCAACCUGGCCGAAAAUCGAAACUCCCAAGGAUAUCGCGCUAAAGACAUGGACUUCACGUUUGUAAAUUGCGAUGGAAACCCUAACAGCUAUAUCUCAUUUUUCUUCAACCCAAAACGUGCAUCCCCAGGUUCUGUUGGUUCAGCAAAUGAUUUCAUGACACAUUGGAUUACAUCUUCUAUAGCAAUUGAUUAUCCUAAAUAUAUGGACAGCAGUUUUUAUAUGGAUUGGGAGAUGCAUAUGGGUGGCUGUGGUGGAUUUCUGACGUCAAGAGUAUUAAACAUCAAAGCAGCAUUAGGGUUACCGUUUGCUAUUCCCAAGGUAUAGGAAGAUGGCUGGGAAGACGUUCUAUAUAUGAAAGUACAGUUUGACUAGGGCAUUGUAAAUAUAUAAUUGUCGGAAUUUUUUGAAACCUUUUUUCCAAUAAGAAGGACGUUUUUCGCCCAUAUAUAUUGUGCAAAUUUAUUAACUGUGACAAUGGUAUCAAUAAACCUGUCAGUUUAAGUAUA